UUAUCAUGAAUAGUCAAGAGACGGCUUUUGUUUGCCUUUUUCGUAUAAAAUUCUUAACUUGGAAGAAAGUAAAAAGGAUUUGGAUUUGGUACGUCUUAGGGAUGGCCUUUGACCCGACUUCGUGGUGGAAUUGAAAAGAAACAUGUGUUAAAUUAAAAUGCAUGAACAUGCGUUUGGCGGCUGGUUAUGCGUUUGGUUUCAGAUGACCUAAAUCUGAAUUUGACAAAAGAUUAAUCGCACUUGUAACCAAAAGAUAAUGUAUAUAUUUUAGAUAUGACUUUAUUAUAUGCAUGCAAUUAAUAUACAAGAUUAUGCAAUGAUAAAGGUUGUGAUUUGACUUGUCCUCCCCUCGUUCAAAGGGGUCAAUCUAAAAUUCCAAGUUAGACGGAAUAUUACAAAACUUAGGAUUGUGGACAUCUUCAAAGGACCCCUAUAACCCUAUUGACUUUUUUUGAAGAAUAACCCUAUUGACUUGCCUACAAGGUUAAUUUAAACGUGGAACAAACCAACUAAUCUGAUUCUUUAUAAAUUCAUUCGUGUAUGAACUAUACAUCCUCUUUCAUGUUUUCAUUAUACCUUAAAGCAGACUUAGCUUGUAUAUAUGAACUCAAUCGAUAAUCAAUAUGCAGCGGCCGGCAAAAGGGUCCAACACAAAUCAAUUACUAGUCUCAACGAGGCAACGAACUAUUGUCAUCUCAUUUAAAAAUUUUGUGCGUAUCUCUUCAAAGGAUUUAGUUAAAAUUCUGCUUGGAUCAACACAUGUAUCGACAUAUAUUGUGUGGUAAAUUAUUGUCACUGAGUAUUACAUCGAAAUUUGUGGUUUCCUUUUUCAAAUGACGUUUGAAUUUUAUAGAAUUUAUAGAUAAAUAAAGGAAUAUACUAAUAUGCUGUUAAACAAAAAAAAAAGAAUAUACUAAUAUGCUACAGUAUGAAAAAUCACAAUAGAUUUUUUUCUGUGGUACCACAUUCUAUAUCAAAAGAUUUCAAAGUUGACAUCAAUACUAUUAAAACUGAAGGGCUUUUUUUGAGGUACCCUUGGAGUUUGAAGUAUUUACCAUUCUUUGCCACUGAAUUAUUUUUGAUCUAUGAUUUUAAUAUAAAGGUUUAUUUUUUUAACGAAAACGUAUUUUUUAAAAAAGAAUCACGCUGUUUAGUUUAGAUUCAGUUCUUAUCCAUAUAAUUGCCCUGAGUAAUAUUUUAAAUUUAUAGAUUUUAUCGUGGCAUUGCUGUGUUCGAUGUCAAAACUUAAACAACAUGUAUCAUCUGCUAUAAAGUGCAGUAAACCCUCUUUUCUUAUAGUUUAAUCAACGUAUACACAUAUAAAAUAAUCGUUUCACAUCAAUCAUCAGUUUCCAACGGCAAAAUGACAUGUUCAUAGUUUAACCAGACUACAAUUGUUUGAAUAUUUUUGUUUUCACAAAUGUGUCGAAACAACUUCUCAUACAUAUUCGGCAUAUCCUACUUGCAAAUCGUUUUUUGCAGGUUUUAACAAUAUAUUAUUAAACAAAUCAAAAGCACACACUCGCCUAAAAUCGCAUAUUGUCAUAUCUUAUCUAAUUUGAACAACUUUAAUCAUUGAAAACAAUAAUAAGGAUAAGAUUUGUAACUUAGUAUAUCUCGAAUACGUAUAUCCCUAAAUUAUUCCUAUUUAUAUACGAUUUUAUAUGGAUCGCUAUCUUAAGAAUUUACCAUCAAUCACAAAUAUAUAAAUAUCACAAUCAUCACACCGCAACAACCAUUAAUAAACCUGCAAACUGUCUAUCGUUAUCUUCCCUUAUGGAUUCCAUGAUCAAAAUCAGCAACUUGAGUGAUCUUAAGCCUUUCAAAUCUGCAUGGAGGGUCCAUGUGAAGGUGCUUCAUACGUGGAUGUUAAUCAAUCCCGACAAUGGCCUCUCGAAUCUUGAGAUGGUCUUAACAGACGAAAAUGUAAUAUUCACUACCUAUCUUCUAUUAUAAUUACGCUUGAUAUAUGAACUUCAGUUAUUUUUUUUAAUGGUUUAGGGUGUCAAAAUCCAGGCCAGUUGCAAACAAUCAUUAUUUCAGCUAUUCCAGAGACAUUGUCGUGUUGGAGAGUGGAAAGUUAUUACUAACUUUUCUUUAAGUCCAGUAUGUGGUCUUUACAGACACACCAACCAUGUUUACAAGAUUGAAUUCAUGAGUCAGACUUUAAUAACUGAUUCUAAUCUCCACUGUGACAACAUGUUUCUCGAGCUAAAGCAAUUUGAUAACAUUAAAAAUGGUUCACAUGACACAAGUUUUCUUAUUGAUGUGAUUGGUGAAGUCUUAGACUUUGGUGGUCUUGAUAUUGUUCAGUGUGCAAGAAAAGAAGUGACCAAAAUGGAGUUUACUCUAAGAGACAUCAACGACAACCGACUUCAAUGCUGCAUUGCUGGGAAAAUAGCUGAAAUAAUGACCCAAGAAAACAAACAACCAAACAAUGGAGAUAUUUGUUUAAUCAGAUAUGCUAAACUCAAAAACUACAAGGGUAUUGUACCAUUAAUAUGUAAAUAUUUGUUUAAUGAUCAAAAACUUUUAAGUUAGAUUUUAAACAUCUGUUUGAUUUCUGUAUCAGGAGAGUUGCAAGUCUCCAAUGCUUUUGAUUCUUCUUUGGUGUUACAAAACCCAGAUAUCAAGGAGGCGCAAGCACUUAAAAAUAUGCAAGUGCAUCUUAUUAUAAUAUUAUAUUAUUUCUAAUGGAUUACAAUAUGCUAAUUAUGCUGUUUUUGUAUUUAGGUUUCAUGUUGAUGGUAACUCUCUUGAUAUGUAUCAGCCUAAACAUGACAAUGUUAUGAUCCAGGAAAAGCGCCAGAAAUGGAGCCUUUUUUGAGGUACCCUUGGAGUUUGAAGUAUUUACCAUUCUUUGCCACUGAAUUAUUUUUGAUCUAUGCUUUUAAUAUAAAGGUUUAUUUUUUUAACGAAAACGUAUUUUUUAAAAAAGAAUCACGCUGUUUAGUUUAGAUUCAGUUCUUAUCCAUAUAAUUGCCCUGAGUAAUAUUUUAAAUUUAUAGAUUUUAUCGUGGCAUUGCUGUGUUCGAUGUCAAAACUUAAACAACAUGUAUCAUCUGCUAUAAAGUGCAGUAAACCCUCUUUUCUUAUAGUUUAAUCAACGUAUACACAUAUAAAAUAAUCGUUUCACAUCAAUCAUCAGUUUCCAACGGCAAAAUGACAUGUUCAUAGUUUAACCAGACUACAAUUGUUUGAAUAUUUUUGUUUUCACAAAUGUGUCGAAACAACUUCUCAUACAUAUUCGGCAUAUCCUACUUGCAAAUCGUUUUUUGCAGGUUUUAACAAUAUAUUAUUAAACAAAUCAAAAGCACACACUCGCCUAAAAUCGCAUAUUGUCAUAUCUUAUCUAAUUUGAACAACUUUAAUCAUUGAAAACAAUAAUAAGGAUAAGAUUUGUAACUUAGUAUAUCUCGAAUACGUAUAUCCCUAAAUUAUUCCUAUUUAUAUACGAUUUUAUAUGGAUCGCUAUCUUAAGAAUUUACCAUCAAUCACAAAUAUAUAAAUAUCACAAUCAUCACACCGCAACAACCAUUAAUAAACCUGCAAACUGUCUAUCGUUAUCUUCCCUUAUGGAUUCCAUGAUCAAAAUCAGCAACUUGAGUGAUCUUAAGCCUUUCAAAUCUGCAUGGAGGGUCCAUGUGAAGGUGCUUCAUACGUGGAUGUUAAUCAAUCCCGACAAUGGCCUCUCGAAUCUUGAGAUGGUCUUAACAGACGAAAAUGUAAUAUUCACUACCUAUCUUCUAUUAUAAUUACGCUUGAUAUAUGAACUUCAGUUAUUUUUUUUAAUGGUUUAGGGUGUCAAAAUCCAGGCCAGUUGCAAACAAUUAUUAUUUCAGCUAUUCCAGAGACAUUGUCGUGUUGGAGAGUGGAAAGUUAUUACUAACUUUUCUUUAAGUCCAGUAUGUGGUCUUUACAGACACACCAACCAUGUUUACAAGAUUGAAUUCAUGAGUCAGACUUUAAUAACUGAUUCUAAUCUCCACUGUGACAACAUGUUUCUCGAGCUAAAGCAAUUUGAUAACAUUAAAAAUGGUUCACAUGACACAAGUUUUCUUAUUGGUAACUUCUAAUUUUUAUGCGAUGUAUUAGUUUAUUACCUAUAGUCCGACCUUCAUAUAACUAACUUUUGAUGUUACAGAUGUGAUUGGUGAAGUCUUAGACUUUGGUGGUCUUGAUAUUGUUCAGUGUGCAAGAAAAGAAGUGACCAAAAUGGAGUUUACUCUAAGAGACAUCAACGACAACCGACUUCAAUGCUGCAUUGCUGGGAAAAUAGCUGAAAUAAUGACCCAAGAAAAUAAACAACCAAACAAUGGAGAUAUUUGUUUAAUCAGAUAUGCUAAACUCGAAAACUACAAGGGUAUUGUACCAUUAAUAUGUAAAUAUUUGUUUAAUGAUCAAAAACUUUUAAGUUAGAUUUUAAACAUCUGUUUGAUUUCUGUAUCAGGAGAGUUGCAAGUCUCCAAUGCUUUUGAUUCUUCUUUGGUGUUACUAAACCCAGAUAUCAAGGAGGCGCAACCACUUAAAAAUAUGCAAGUGCAUCUUAUUAUAAUAUUAUAUUAUUUCUAAUGGAUUACAAUAUGCUAAUUAUGCUGUUUUUGUAUUUAGGUUUCAUGUUGAUGGUAACUCUCUUGAUAUGUAUCAGCCUAAACAUGACAAUGUUAUGAUCCAGGAAAAGCGCCAGAAAUGGAGCCUUUUUUGAGAUGUGAUUGGUGAAGUCUUAGACUUUGGUGGUCUUGAUAUUGUUCAGUGUGCAAGAAAAGAAGUGACCAAAAUGGAGUUUACUCUAAGAGACAUCAAGUAAGUAUUUUUUAAACAUAACUUGAAGUAAGUUUUUAAUUCUAAUCUGCAUUAUUUAUUUACUCUCUAAGCGACAACCGACUUCAAUGCUGCAUUGCUGGGAAAAUAGCUGAAAUAAUGACCCAAGAAAAUAAACAACCAAACAAUGGAGAUAUUUGUUUAAUCAGAUAUGCUAAACUCGAAAACUACAAGGGUAUUGUACCAUUAAUAUGUAAAUAUUUGUUUAAUGAUCAAAAACUUUUAAGUUAGAUUUUAAACAUCUGUUUGAUUUCUGUAUCAGGAGAGUUGCAAGUCUCCAAUGCUUUUGAUUCUUCUUUGGUGUUACUAAACCCAGAUAUCAAGGAGGCGCAAGCACUUAAAAAUAUGCAAGUGCAUCUUAUUAUAAUAUUAUAUUAUUUCUAAUGGAUUACAAUAUGCUAAUUAUGCUGUUUUUGUAUUUAGGUUUCAUGUUGAUGGUAACUCUCUUGAUAUGUAUCAGCCUAAACAUGACAAUGUUAUGAUCCAGGAAAAGCGCCAGAAAUGGAGCCUUUUUUGAGGUACCCUUGGAGUUUGAAGUAUUUACCAUUCUUUGCCACUGAAUUAUUUUUGAUCUAUGCUUUUAAUAUAAAGGUUUAUUUUUUUAACGAAAACGUAUUUUUUAAAAAAGAAUCACGCUGUUUAGUUUAGAUUCAGUUCUUAUCCAUAUAAUUGCCCUGAGUAAUAUUUUAAAUUUAUAGAUUUUAUCGUGGCAUUGCUGUGUUCGAUGUCAAAACUUAAACAACAUGUAUUAUCUGCUAUAAAGUGCAGUAAACCCUCUUUUCUUAUAGUUUAAUCAACGUAUACACAUAUAAAAUAAUCGUUUCACAUCAAUCAUCAGUUUCCAACGGCAAAAUGACAUGUUCAUAGUUUAACCAGACUACAAUUGUUUGAAUAUUUUUGUUUUCACAAAUGUGUCGAAACAACUUCUCAUACAUAUUCGGCAUAUCCUACUUGCAAAUCGUUUUUUGCAGGUUUUAACAAUAUAUUAUUAAACAAAUCAAAAGCACACACUCGCCUAAAAUCGCAUAUUGUCAUAUCUUAUCUAAUUUGAACAACUUUAAUCAUUGAAAACAAUAAUAAGGAUAAGAUUUGUAACUUAGUAUAUCUCGAAUACGUAUAUCCCUAAAUUAUUCCUAUUUAUAUACGAUUUUAUAUGGAUCGCUAUCUUAAGAAUUUACCAUCAAUCACAAAUAUAUAAAUAUCACAAUCAUCACACCGCAACAACCAUUAAUAAACCUGCAAACUGUCUAUCGUUAUCUUCCCUUAUGGAUUCCAUGAUCAAAAUCAGCAACUUGAGUGAUCUUAAGCCUUUCAAAUCUGCAUGGAGGGUCCAUGUGAAGGUGCUUCAUACGUGGAUGUUAAUCAAUCCCGACAAUGGCCUCUCGAAUCUUGAGAUGGUCUUAACAGACGAAAAUGGUGUCAAAAUCCAGGCCAGUUGCAAACAAUCAUUAUUUCAGCUAUUCCAGAGACAUUGUCGUGUUGGAGAGUGGAAAGUUAUUACUAACUUUUCUUUAAGUCCAGUAUGUGGUCUUUACAGACACACCAACCAUGUUUACAAGAUUGAAUUCAUGAGUCAGACUUUAAUAACUGAUUCUAAUCUCCACUGUGACAACAUGUUUCUCGAGCUAAAGCAAUUUGAUAACAUUAAAAAUGGUUCACAUGACACAAGUUUUCUUAUUGAUGUGAUUGGUGAAGUCUUAGACUUUGGUGGUCUUGAUAUUGUUCAGUGUGCAAGAAAAGAAGUGACCAAAAUGGAGUUUACUCUAAGAGACAUCAACGACAACCGACUUCAAUGCUGCAUUGCUGGGAAAAUAGCUGAAAUAAUGACCCAAGAAAAUAAACAACCAAACAAUGGAGAUAUUUGUUUAAUCAGAUAUGCUAAACUCGAAAACUACAAGGGAGAGUUGCAAGUCUCCAAUGCUUUUGAUUCUUCUUUGGUGUUACUAAACCCAGAUAUCAAGGAGGCGCAAACACUUAAAAAUAUGUUUCAUGUUGAUGGUAACUCUCUUGAUAUGUAUCAGCCUAAACAUGACAAUGUUAUGAUCCAGGAAAAGCGCCAGAAAUGGUCGCAAUUUCCAUUCAAAACCAUACAAGAAAUGAAACGCACCGAUAAGGAUGGAAAUCUGAGAGUGGUUUGUACUGUUUAUGCUAUUGAUACCAUUAACGGAUGGUAUUAUAUUGCUUGUGCUGUCUGCAGCAAUAAGGUUUUCAAACAGGCAAUUAUCUUUGAUGAAGUAGAUGUGCCAAGCUGGUGGUGUGAAUUUUGCCAGAGUAAUGUUACCAAGGUUUCACCCAUGUUAUUUGCUAAUCAUAAUUCCAAUAAACUCGGUUCAUAAAUGGGUCUUAACAUCUCAGUCCCAAUACUUUGAAAACUGAAUUAACCUAACUGUUAUGAACCUAAAUUGUAAAGGUCCAUCAUUAUGACACGUUAAAAUAAAUUAUUCUCACUUAAAUAUCUUAAACUCAAAUAUUAAAAUUUAGAACAGAAAAAAAAUUAGUAACUUUUAAAUCGAAAAAUUUAACUAAAAUGCUAUCCCGCGCUUUCAAAGCGCGGGUCAAUAUCUAGUGUAUAUUAAGAUGACUCGAUUUGAUGAAAUCUCCAAGAAAAAACUGUGGGCCGUCGUCUUGUUUUUUUUUAAUUCGUGUUUAUGUCAGCAAUAAAUUAGUUAUGCCGGAAAUUAUUAGUGAUUUAAUAAAUCAGAAAGAAAAAUGAUGACAACUAUCUCUUCCUCGGAUGCAGUGAAUCCCUCCAAGUCGCCUGGUGGUGUUGGUUCCGACUUUCUCUUUUACCCAGAGAUAUCCAUCAACCUUCACCUUUCUCUUUUAUCCAGAGUGUAUAUAUUUAUAUUUAUAAAGCAAUUUUCCUUGAUAUAUGUAUCUUUAUUUUUUUGGUAAAAUAUGUAACUUAAGUUUCUUACAAUCGUGUUAAAAAAAGUUCCUUACAAUCAUUUAGAUAUUUUUACAUAUCGUCAAUAUCGUAUCAUAUAUUUUUUUUAUGUAAUAGCCAAAGCAAGUUGUAGUAGACAGGGGGCCAUAGAGAUCGCAACUCCAUCCAAUCUAAUGGCUAGAGAUCACGUCCAUGUGACCCUGCCUUGUUGUAAAUUUUUUUUUUUUUGUAAAAUAUAAUAAAUGAACAUGGAAGCAUGUAAUGGUAACGAAGUUACCUACUGGUGUUACUGCUUACGCUUUAGAAUUUCAGAACAGUUUUCCUUUCUUCCUUCAACUUGUCUGCGUGUUGACGUUCGUCACACUCCAUUAAAACGUCUAAUAUGAUUAUUUUUUUCAAAAAUAUCACAGAGACUAAUUAUACUACUAUUUAAUGGGAUAUGUAACAGUGUUAGGUAUUGCAAAAAUAAAAUUCAGAGCCGCCGCAACUUGCGAAAGUCUGUUGGUCGAAUGACUUUGGUACGAAGCACUCUCUCCCAGUCCUGCGCUUUUCAUGCGAAUCUUUUAAUUAUUUUUGAAUACAACAUCUUUCAAUUAUAUUACUGGUAUUAAAGAUGAACUAUGAAAACUCGAGUUUUUAUUUUUUAAAUAGAGUAUAUCAAACGUUAAUGUUUUUUGUAUGAUUUUAUGAAGUCAUGCCCAUAGGAAUCCAGACUUGUGCAGGCAAGUUGGCCAUGAAGCAGCUUUUUUUUUUCUUUUCCCAUGAAGCAACUUCAUAAAAACAUAGUAAUGAUAGAUAUGAAUAAUAAAAUAAGAAUGAUGAUUGGAAGGCUUUUUAUUUAUUUAUUGGCUUUUAUAUUGAAAUAUAAAAGCCAAUAAAUAAUCACAUAUAAAUAUGUUUUGUUAUUAUUGGAAAAUCUAAAUUUCAAACACCAUCACUAUAGGUUCAUAUGCAUAUGUAGGUUAGUAAUCACAUCACUGUAUGCUAAUGUGAUCACCAUAAAACUUACGUAAUCUCACAAAACAGGUAACUUGACCCAGACUUUAAACAAAACUCCAUUUGCGGCUUCUCGCAGCUGGUGCCCGUAAUCAGAGGUCGCUUAGAUAUUUUAGAGCUAACUAUUUUAUUUGGUAAAUGACAUUUAAGAGAGAUAACGGCGGGAAAUAUCAUAACAAAAAAAAUGUUAAAGCGCCUCCAGCGGAGAAGGAUUUGAUUCUUGGAUUGACCAAAAGAUAAUUACAACGCCGACUUGCUAUAUAGUUUUAUAUUAUCAAUGGUCCAAGAGAAUAUCUAAAUAGAUAUUUACUGGAUUUUGGUCGAAGCAUAUUGGUAACUGGAUGGCCAUGAAUUAACAACAAACCGCAAUAGCCUGCUUAUAUGUGCAUCUAAUUUGACAACAUAUAUUAUGAUCAGAUCGUGGUUCAUCUGUAUUUUCUUGCUAUAUAUUUGAUCAAGAAUCUUGUUAUAAUGUAACGGUAGCGAAACAUAGACGAUGCAAUUGCUUAAAAAGUUGAUAUACCACCUCUACACUAUUUUGAUACAAAAAUCAUUUUUAUGCUUAUAUAACGAGAACAAAUUACAAUAAAUACAUAGACAUGACAACCAAGCGAUUUUUAUGUAUACACCCUUUCUAUUCCUAAAAAGUGUUUGUCUAUUUCUUUUUUUUUUUCGUUUAUGGAAAAGUAUUAGUGUUAAGACCAUCUCCAACCCACCUCUAUUUUUAUCUCUAUAAUUUCUUCUAAAAUAGAGAAACUCUAUUAUAGAAGUGGAUUUGCUCCAAUGUAUGCCUCUAUAAUAGAAUUCCUCUAUUUAUAGGGAAAAAUAUAGAGAUUUGCUAUUUUCAUCUCUAAAUAUAGAGGUAAAAAGUAGGAUUCCUCUAUAUUUUUCUCUAAAAUAGAGGAAUUCUAUUAUAGAGGUAUACAUUGGAGCAAAUCCACCUCUAUAAUAGAGAUCUCUAUUUUAGAGGAAAAUAUAGAGAUAUACAUUGGAAAUGCUCUAAGAAACUGUGGAUUUAUAAUCACAAAUUUUAAAAUUUGUGUGAACACCAUUAAUUAUUAUACUCGGUAUUAGAGACUGAAAGAGUGUUAGCUAUUAAGUUGUCAGAGUGAUUAGAGAAUAGUGUGACUAUAAUCAGUCAGUGACAGCUAUGAGGGAGUGGCAUAUACGAGGAUAAUUCUAUUAUAUGUCUAGCAACAGAAAACAUGAAAGGAGGAGGGAAAAUAUGGAUAUUCAAAUAUAAACAAUUACGUCAAGAAUUUAUUUAUUAUGUAUUUUCUCAUCACAAUCUCUCUGGUAAUACGUUUUCAAUAAUUUUAUAUAAUAUCUCCUGCAAGUAUAACCGAGUGUUCUGAAACAUAGAUGAGUUACACUUGAUUUUCAACGCAAAUUUAAUAUAACUGACUACUCUUAUAGCAAAAAUAACGAUCAAUGAUCUCAUUGAAUAUCAAGCAUGUUACUGAUUUACUAUUUUUGAUCUUUCACAAACAUACGUUGUGUACAACAUCUAUAUGGUAUAGUGAUAGAUAUUCAAGCCAUUGCACCAAAACAAUGGUCGUGCCAUAACAUUUGUUUAUCCAAUAUGAAAAUGAAAAUAUCACGUAGCCUAGCCAUGAAAAAAUCUGCUUUCAUCACGUGCAUUAAUUACUUCCCAAAAAUUCAGACUUUUACAAAAUUAAUUAUAUAAUUAAAAAUUAAAAGUGUAACCCCAAGUUGUUUGAUUAUUUUAUUUAUA